AAUCAUUUCAUCAAAAUUUCCAAAGAUUUCCCUGUAAAUUAUUCCAUUAUAUUUUCAAUCCUUUAACUUUCCUUUGUAUUGUCAUAAAAAAAACAACCAAAAUUGAUCAAUUAUUUACAAUUUUCCAUUGACAAAGAAAAACAAUUUUCUAAAUAAUUUGAUUUGUUUUUCGCGCUCAAUUCUACAAACAGCGCCAUCUGGUGUCAAUUGAAUUAAAACUCAGAGAUAAAUAAAUUGUUCUCAAAGUCAAUGAUUACAAUUUUGUUUACAAUUAAUUAAUUGAUUAUUUGGAUCUAAUUUCAAAGUUGAUCAAAAUGUUAACCAGACUCUUGCGACUCCAACGUUUAGUUGGAUUAACAAAAUCAAGGCCUAAUUUACCUCCAACAAUUAGAUUAAUUUCUACAACCCCUGCUGUUCUUCGUCGAUCUUCACAUUUCAGAUAUGUUGGUACCGAACCAGAUAAUUUUGAUGAAGUUGAAUCUGUUUGGUUUCUCUAUUAUUCACUAUUAUGGUUAGGAUUUGCAUCCACUCUUACUCUUGGUUAUUACGAAUACUAUAUUUCCCGAAUCGGUGAAAGAUUUACUGUAACUCCUUCACUAACUUUUGAUUCUGAAAAGAAUCCACUUGAAGACAAAGAGCAAAAGAAAUAGUCCAAAAAAAAAUACCUGUUAAUAGUUUUAAUCUGAGUUAACUAGUUAAAAUAAAUUCAAUAUAAAUAUAAGGUAAACAGUUUAACUGUAAACCUUUUCAAAUCCAUCUCAUGAACUCACCAAUUGAUUAUCUUCAAAAUUGAAAAUGUAAAUCCUAAUCCAAUUUUCUAGACUAAAAUCUAAAUUUAUUUACACCCAAAAGGAGCCCGAGAAAAAAACCAAAUCAAGAAUUUCAUCAAACAAUCAAAUCAACAACUAAAAUGAAAAAUUCCCUCUGCCCCUUAACCCAUUACACUUUCUCCACCUCAGAAUCAAUUGUCCCCCAAAUCUCCAAUCAAAUCUCCCCAAUUCUAAACAACGUGAUUAACUUGAUUGUUAAAAUGAUUGCGAAUCAAAUGAAAUGAUGAUAUGUAAAAAGCGCUAGAUGGCAAUGUAAUUGAAUUUUAAAUUCUUGAAAGAGUAAAGUGAAACUGAGUCCAAGGCACAAUUUAGUUAACCAACUAAUCACCAUUGAGAAAGUUGAUCUCCUAAAUUGUUGUCAACUGUAAAGUAAUCAAUAGACUAACUGAUUAAAAGCAGCCAAUUGUUAAUCAAAAGUGUCUCAUGUUGAUUGUUAAUCUUGCCCCAGUUUCCAAACAUAUGUGAGGUUUUAUUUUCUUGUUGACAACAACAAAUAGUUUGUUGUUAUUGUUUUGUUUUUUUUUUUCUUCUCUUUGUUUAUCUUUUUGUUUAUCUUUGUUUGUAAAUAAUUGGUAAUCAUUUAAUCUGAAUUGAAGAGGAACCAUGAAAUCCGAUAUUUCCAGUGAUCAAGUUAUUCUGGCAACUGGUAGUUAUGAUCAAACAAUACGAUUCUGGUCACCUCACAAUGGUCAAUGUCUUCGGGUAGUUCAACACACCGAUUCUCAGGUUAAUGAUAUGGAAAUUACACCUGAUCGUGAAUUCUUGGCAGCCGCUGGUUUUCAGCAUAUCCGCUUGUACGAUAUUCGAGACAAUUCUAAUCCUAAUCCGGUGAUUACCUGUGACAGUAUAAGUAAAGGAGUGACGGCAAUUGGAUUCCAAGAAGAUACCAAAUGGAUGUACUCAGGUGGAGAGGAUGGUUUCUGUCGUAUUUGGGAUUUUAGAGCUCGAAAUUUUCACGCUCAGCGAACCCACCAAGUGGGCAGUCCAAUUAAUACCUGUAAACUGCAUCCCAAUCAAACGGAGAUUUGUUUUGGUGAUCAAAAUGGUAACAUUUAUGUCUGGGAUUUACGAGGUUCAUUGAAACAAACGAUCUCGGUUGAUGAUGAUGUUUCCAUUCAGCACAUAAACAUUGAUCCAGAAGGCACUUGCCUUGCGGCUGUUGAUAAUAAAGGAAAUUGUUACAUGUUUUCGUUUACAUUGAAUUACGUUCGGUUACAAUGUUCACCAUUACAGCCUCGACUUAAAUUCAAUGCUCAUAAACGGUAUGGAUUAAGGUGCAGUUUCAGUCCUGAUUCAACUCUUCUCGCGACCACAAGUGCCGAUCAAACGUGCAAAGUUUGGAGAACCGCUGAUCUAUUACCUCUUUCAACCCAUGGAUCAGAAGACGGAGGCUACAGUCGUUCAAGUAACUCGAUUUGGCACACAUUUGAUAACAUGUCGCCCGUGGUUGAACUUCAAACGGCUAAUCAACGUUGGGUCUGGGAUUUAGCCUUUUCAGCCGAUUCACAAUACAUAAUCACCGCUUCAUCCGAUAAUAAUGCUCGAUUAUGGAGUAUAAACACUGGAGAGGUCAAGAAAGAGUAUGUCGGCCAUCAAGGACCAAUCACUGCCUUAGCAUUUUCAGAUGCUUUCAUUGAUUAACCUUAAACUUACUUGAAAACCAACGGAAUCAACAAUUAUCCCCAUUAAGCCAACGAUUAAAUUAAAUUAAACAUCGAGAUUGACAAAUUUCACAAAGAAAACAGGGAAACAAUAUAAUCAAUAGAUCAAUUAAAGGAUUGAUUAAACUAUCAACUGCUUAACCAUAACCAUUGCGGUGCCAAAAUUUUAUAACAAUUACAAAUAAUCACCCAAUUGAUCAGCCCUGAGGCUAAAUCAUAAUCUAUUGUCAUCAAAAAUUGUCCAUUGUGUAAAUAGUCAUUUAACUGCCUUUUGAUACACAAUUAAAAAAGCUUCAUGUGAAA